CAGGAAUCUGUCGUGCUCCACGAGGUACGGCGUGGCUGAAACGGGAUGGUUCCCGAUGGGUUGGGCUGGUUGUUGCUGACAAGGGCGGUAAGUUUUAUCAACAAGUAUUUCAUAUAAUUUCUGCUGUCACGUAAGGCUGCUGUGAGCCAGGGAACCUGUAUACCUGAAUGGCUGUAUCACACUGGCCUCACAAAACCUCCAUGUAAGUUAACGCAAUAUUUUGUAGAGUUUUGGUGUUACUCUUUAAUGCUGGUUGUGUAUCAACAUCUCCACUCACUGUUUGUGAACUUCCUUCAUCUUUAGUUCAUCUAUGUGCCGUUUUUAGCUCAGAGAGAGCUCAUCAAACAGCAGCAGUGAAAGUCUGAAGUUUCCAAACUGUGUAAUACUGCUCUGUGUAUAAACCGGAAAGAAACUAAAAGCCUAAAGUUGCAUUUUCUAAUUGAGCAGCACUUAUUUAUUAAAAAUAAAAGAACUCUUGUUUAUCUGUUAGAUGUUUUACUAUAUUGAACAGUUAGUGCCUCACACUAACACACUGACAGUUCUGAUUGUUUUAAGAAUUUCAAACAGCUCAGACACAACAAGCAUUUUUAAACUCUGAAAACAGCUGGUCCAGCCCUUUUUAUAUUCAGUCUAUGGUUCAGCCAGGACAUUUUUCUGAUCUGCAGACAAUAUACAUGUAGUGUGGAGACAGAUCUGGAGAUGUGAGACAAGAGACUAUAAAGGACCAGAUCUCAGGAAUGUUUGGAUUCAGGGGAAAAUAUAAGAAGUCACUAUUAUUGUAGCUCAAGGCUCUAGAUAGCAGUGGUUCAAGAUGACAGCGACAUCUAGUGUUGAAGGUAGGAUCUGCAACGUACAAAGAGUGAAAUGUAUUAGAAAUAAGCUCAAACCAUAUUCUACUUGUAUAUUAAAAAAUCAUCGCAGGGCAUUUAAAAUCAGGCAGUGGACCACAGUUAGCCCACGGGCCGUAGUUUGGACACCACUGCUCCACCCUGUCAUCGGUGUUCAUUCUUCAGAUGGACACAGGUAUCCAUCUUGGAAUUGAUAAGCUCCAUUUGAAUUUAUGUUAAACUGUUAAAUAUUGCACCAGAUUUUACAUAAUAGUAAAUACAUCCCAGGCCGAAUAAUUGUUGUCAUUAACAUUUGAUUUAACCUGGUGUUUUGUUCUCCAGAUUAUUGAAGUUAGGUCUGUGUGCAGAACAUACAGAAGUAAGGACACAUGGCUUCUACGACACAGUCUGCAUUAGAUUACAUCAGGAGUGCUAGAAAACACCUUGUGAGAGAAUUAAAUAAUCUGUCAGUGGUUGUGGAGAACUUGUACCAGCAAGGAGUUUUUAGUGAUGAAGAGGUCAGCAAAAUACAGGCAGAGAGAGAUGACUAUGAUAAAACAAGGAGAAUCCUGGACUCAGUCACUAAGAAGGGCGAAGCAGCGUGCUACGAGUUCCUCAGGAUUAUUGACGUGACGAGGAAGAGGACCUUAGGGAGGACGUCCCUUCUCCCUGAGACAAAGAGUUCAGCUUCUACUGAGACCAGGAAGUUUGACCUGCACCACUGGAUCAGCUGCUUUUCUUUCAAGGACGACACACAGAUGGAUAUAAACUGCUUACAAGGCUCCAGGCCGUGCCACAGAUAUCAGGCGAAGUUGAAGUCAAAAGCACAAAAAAUGUCAAAUGAGUUUUGGAAGAAAAACAAAAAUCUUUUGGAAGGAAACAACAAGCCUGAUCUGUCGUACACUGCACUUGUAUUAGACACACAAGGAAGUGUUUCUCCAUCUAAAAUAAAGACAUUGAAGAGCAAGAAGAGCAAGAUGAGUCGCCCUAAAAAGCUGAGGACAUACAUCCCUGAAGACAGACCAGACAUUUCCCCCAGUGAGCUGCUGAAGACCGAUAAAAACAUCCUCUUGGUUGGUAAGCCUGGAAUUGGAAAGACAGCACUCACUCACGAAAUGUUGAAACUUUGGGCAGAAAGAGACAACAAGGAGCUCGACUACAUGUUCUACUUUGACAUGAGAGAAACAUCCCACAUCAUGAUGGCCAAGAGCCUGAAGGAUCUUCUUUUCAGUGUGAUCAGUGAGCCAGAUGAAGGCAAAGAAGAGGUCUUACAGGACAUAAAGAAGAACUCUGACAAUGUUACACUCAUUUUUGAUGGAAUCACAGAUCUCUCUUCAUCAGUGGUGAAGAGACUUGUAGAGAAGGACCUACUACCUGAUGCCAAGAUCAUCAUAACAUGCAGACCAGAUGAUGAAGAAGACUUCCUUUCUGGGGACUUCCUCAGAGUGGAAGUGAAAGGCUUUAGUGAGCAGACCAUAAAAACAUAUUUAUCUGCAACUCUAGGAGAAGAACAGGAGAAGGUUUUGAGCAACCUGGAGUUGUUAACUCUUUGCCAUGUCCCAAUGUAUGCACUGAUGGUGGCUGUCUGCUUUUCAUCAGAGACACCAGAAGACUCUCCACAGUCAUGCACUGUAACUGAAAUCUACAUCAAUAUUGUUCGUCAUUGCCUUCAAACAAUCAACAAAACAAAAACCAAAGAUCUAAAUUCAUUCAUCAACAACAGGAGUGAAGAAAUUCUGUCUCUGGCCGAGUUUGCUUUUAAAGCAACUGUAGAAAAAACUGUGAACUUGACAGAACUGCCCUGUGAAGACAGCUGCGUCCUCUCCUUCAUGAAACCUCUUGUUAUCAAAGUGGCCCCCACUGAGACAAUCACCACUCAUGCAUUUCUCCAUUACACAAUGCAGGAGUUUUUUGCAGCACUGUGGCUGCUGAAGUAUCCAGAUAAGAUCAGGGAUGUUUUUCAGCAGUGCCUCACUGAGGAGAAGAAACACAUGAAACAUCUGAUCCCUUUCAUGUGUCGACUGCUGACUGACAAGAGACCUAGUUUGAUGAAGCAUCUGAUUCCAGCUCAGGAGCUCAAGAACACGUCUGACUGGUUCUUCGAGGAACUGAUAACCACAUUUUUACCUCGUCUCUGUGAGAAAGAUGAGGCUGAUACAGAGGACAGUGGGCUUUAUGUGGACAUACUGUUCUUAUGUCAGUGCUUCUAUGAGUCCCAGUGUCCUGAAGCAUGCAUCAUCUUUCUGGAGAAACUGGACUACCAUCUUGAUCUCAGUGGAGAGAGUCUCGAGCCUUACCUUUGCUCUGCUGUGGCCUAUGUGGUCACUCAAUCGAAGGAGAGGAAAAUAUGGCUGAACCUGGAGGACGUCAUGGUGUCAGAGCAAGGAAUGAGACGACUGUUAGGAUGCCUUCAAAAUGUCCAGUGGUGUGGCCCUCUGCCACGGCAGCUGUGGGGGAUUUCCUUCUCAGUGAGGACAGAUGGCAGAUGAACCACAUCAGCUUACUCGGCCUUGAUGGAAAUCAGUUGCACCUUCCAGUUGAGGGUAAAAGACGGCUGUUUGAAAGAGCAGUAAAAGUCAUGCAGAAGAUCACUACGCAGGUUAAUGUCUGCAUCCACUGGGACAGGGAAACUCCUGCCUGCCAAAGUCUGUGCGAGUCCCUCUUAGAAGCUUUACCAUACAUCCACUCACUCAGGAGGACCUACAGAGGUCGAGGAUUACAGGACCAGCAGCAAAGCCAGGGGACACUGGAGAGGAAAGAAAAGGAGCUGUUACUGGAUUUAUACCUGAGAGCAGCGCUUUACAAAGGAGAGAGCUUUGACAGAGUAGUGAAGAUACUCCUCUCAUUGUUUUCUGUGAACAAUGACUUACAUAACAUCCUUCUUGAUUUUUACCAACACGUCAAGAGUAAAGGGUGUUCAAGUGUCAUUCCAAAACUGAGAGCACUUUUCCAGUCAGCUCCUGCAGUCUGGUUCAUAAACCUCUCAGAGAGACAGACCUCCAUCCUCCUGGAAGUGCUGAAACUCCAACCAGAGAAGAAACCUGUGGAGCUGACAGGCUGCUCAGAUGAAGAGAGUGAAGUGAGGAGUUUCCUACAGUGUCUGCCUUAUAUCUCACAGCUCAGAUUACAACCCUGGUUUAGAGACUCAAGUGAAGUCAGUUCUUUGGGAAUCUAUUCUGUGCAGCAGCAGAGAGAGAACAGCAGACAGGAGAGAAGAUACUGGAGCUGUUAUCAUCAGUGUGCAAAUAUCAAACAUUCCCUCUUAAUGACAGAUACAUGGAUGAUGAUUAUUUCAGGAAAUAUCGUUGUGGUUUCCUGCUGGAUCUGUGCUCCCACCUGAAGGACUAUGAGACUAAAACAGGCUUGAGGGUCCUUCCAUCAUUACAGUCAGUUUUCCAGUCAGCUCCUGCUGUCUGGUCCAUAAACCUCUCAGAGAGAAAGACCUCCAUCCUCCUGGAAGUGCUGAAACUCCAACCAGAGAAGAAACCAGUGGAGCUGACAGGCUGCUCAGAUGAAGAGAGUGAAGUGAGGAGUUUCUUACAGUGUCUGCCUUAUAUCUCACAGCUCAGAUUACCUCCCUGGUACAGAGUCUCAGUUGAAGUCAAGUUCUUUGGGAAUCUAUUCUGUGCAGCAGCAGAGAGAGAACAGCAGACAGGAGAGAAGAUACUGGAGCUGUUAACAUCAGUGUGCAGAUAUCAAUCAUUCCCUUUUAAUGAAGAAUACAUGGAUGAUGAUGAUGUUGGUGGUGAUGAUUAUUAUAAGGAAUAUCGUUGUGGUUUCCUGCUGGAUCUGUACUCCCACAUGAAGGACUAUAAUCAUGAAACAGGCUUGAGGAUCCUUCCAUUAUUACAGUCAGUUUUCCAGUCAGCUCCUGCAGUCUGGUCCAUAAACCUCUCAGAGAGAAAGACCUCCAUUCUCCUGGAAGUGCUGAAACUCCAACCAGAGAAGAAACCAGUGGAACUGACAGGCUGCUCAGAUGAAGAGAGUGAAGUGAGGAGUUUUUCCUACAGUGUCUGCCUUAUAUCUCACAGCUCAGCUGUGAUCCAGAGUUCUUCCAGAGUCUGUGUGCAGUCAUCUCUGUAAGAUCCAGAGAGGCCCAGCAGUUGGCCUCUGUGCUGCAGCUCCUGGGCUUCACCUUGCUGUUAACAGGAGAGUUACACAGGAAAACCUGCAGGUCUGUGGGGAGGGUUCUCAGACUGUGUGGCUCUGAUGUGGAUCUGGUCCUCACACCCAGAAAGAUGUCUGUCAGAGGAGCCUCCCUCCUCUUCAGCUGUACAACACAACUCCACAGUCUGAGGCUUUUCGACAACAUGGCCUUGCUACUGUGUCGAUGGGUGAGAAGAGGGAGAGCGGCCUGUCCAUUGGCUGUUGAAGAGCUUUCUUUGGCCCCUCAGAAAGCCCGACCAUCAGACAGAGUGUUAUUGAAGGUUGUC